CUGCGCAGCGCGGCUCAGCUCGGUGUUUGUUAUUAGGGGAGGGACAUAUCUAACAGACAAGUCGGAGCCUCUAAUAGAGUAACACAAGCACAGCGAACACACGGGGCUGUUGGCAUGUACACAUAACGAAUAUAUUGUUAGAACGCGUACCGGUAAUCGCCAUUCAUAUAAUUACCUCACGCAUGUGUACGGGAGACACAUACGGCUUAUGGAACAGAUCAACUGAGCAGAGGCUGAGCCACCGGGUUAACGGGACACAAAACGUUGUACGGCUCGUCGAGCGGUCUCGGCUCCUGUCAUCACCAUGCAGACUACGGAUCUGGGCUCCAAAGACACCGGGAAGAUCUGGCACCGGAAGCCGAAUCCGUCCGCCAACGACGGGAUCAUCGUGAAUAUCGUCCACGGCGGCGCGGCCCGUCACCCCACGACCAUGCGCUUCCUGCAGGUGGCGUUUGAUGGUUCAGGCGACUCCUUCCUUGCCGGAGAUCACCUGGGACACGUCUAUUUAUUUAAUCUGAACAGAAACACGUUCGAUCUCGUUCAGCGUACAGCCCAGGCGUGCACGGCUCUGGCGUUUAACCUGCACCGGAAGUCCGAGUUCCUCGUGGCCCUCGCCGAUUAUUCCGUUAAAUGUUUUGACGCAGACUCCAAGGAAUUGGUGAGCUGGAUGCGUGGCCACGAUUCCGCCGUCACCUCCAUCUCUGUGCACGGCUCGGGGAGAUACGCAGUGACCACGUCCAGUGAGACCGCCCAGCUCUGGGACCUCGACACCUUCCAGAGGAAAAGAAAACUCAACGUCCGGCAGUCCGUGGGGAUACAGAAGGUAUUCUUCCUCCCUUUAAGUAACACGAUACUGAGUUGCUUUAAAGACGACUCCAUUUUUGCCUGGGAGAGCGACACGCUGACGUGCAAAUACCAGCUUCCCAAUCCUGAGGAUGCUUCCAAGUUACGUUAUAAAGCGUUUGCUGUAACAAGAGACGGGAGGAUUCUAGCAGCCGGAGGAAAAUCAAAUAAUUUGCACCUGUGGUGUCUGGAGUCGAAGCAGCUCUUCCGCGUGAUACAGAUGCCGGCUAAAGUCAGAAGCGUCCGACAGAUGGAGUUUCUGCCUGAUAACUUUGACGGCGGAUCCAGCCAGGUGCUGGGUGUGCUCUGCCAAGAUGGCAUCAUGCGGUUUAUCAACAUCCAGACAUGCAAGCUUGCGUUUGACAUCGGUAGCAUUGACGAAGGCAUUGUCACGGCAGCUGUAAGCCCCAACGGACGCUACAUCGCCGGCAUUAUGGAGAACGGUAGCGUGAACCUAUACAGCGUCCAAGCUCUGACCAGCGAGGUGAAUAAGCCGCCGCCUCCACUUGUUAAAAUGGCAGAUUUUUCCAAAGACAAAGAUUCUACCGUCAACAAAACAGGCGUAAGCGAGAAAGUCAGGGUGUCCUCCGGCAGGACCGGCAGACCGUUGAAGUCUAAGGACGAAAUAGUGAAGACCAGAAUUCUGAAGCCACAAGGGAAUACUACUUGUGAAAAUAAAGAGAAUGAAUUACCCGGUGGGCUUAACAAACCCCGUCUCCAGGCAAUCCUGAAGGGCUUUGGAGAGUAUCCUACCAAAUACAGGAUGUUUAUUUGGAGGUCUUUGCUGCAGCUCCCGGAGAAUCACGCAGCCUUCAGCAGUUUAACAGACAAGGGAAUCCAUUCCCAAUACCUGCGCCUUCAUCAGGAUUAUCCUAUAAAAAGCAGGAAGCUAUUGAGAGUCUUGCAGAGGACGCUUUCUGCUCUCGCUCAUUGGUCGGUGAUAUUUGGAGAAACCAAAUACCUUCCGCUGCUUGCGUUCCCAUUCGUGAAGUUAUUUCAGAACAAUCAGCUUAUUUGCUUUGAAGUUGUUGCGACGGUUAUAUCCAAUUGGUGUCAGCAUUGGUUUGAGUAUUUUCCGAAUCCUCCGAUCAACAUUCUGAGCAUGAUCGAGAACGUCCUCGUCCACCACGACAAGGAGCUGCUGCAGCAUUUUGUGAAUUACGGCGUCACUUCCCAGAUCUAUGCUUGGCCUCUGCUGGAAACUUUGUUCUCUGAGGUUCUAACAAGAGAGGAAUGGCUGAAGUUCUUCGAUAACGUGUUUUCCAAUCACCCGUCCUUCCUUCUGAUGGCUGUCGUGGCUUAUAACGUCUCGGCCCGGGCUCCAUUAUUGAACUGCAACCAAAAGGAAGACUUUGAGUACUUUUUUCAUCAUCGGAACAAUCUGGAUAUCAACGCUGUGAUCAGGGAAGCCUAUCAUCUCAUGGAUGCCACCCCGGCAGAUAUACAUCCUCGACGUUCGCUGAGUGACAUCGUCCCGCUCACGAAAGGCCAAUACCCCAUCUUCAACAAGUACCCCAAAUUUAUCGUGGAUUAUCAGAGUCAGGAGCGGGAGAGGAUCAGGCAGGAAGAGAUGGAAUAUCUGCGCGAGAGGCAGUUGGCCCACGAAGUAGAAGUAGAGGCCAUAAAGCGGAAAGUAGAGGACGAAGCCUGGUACCAGCAACAAGAACUCCUCCGUGGGGCAGAAGAACAGAGGAGGAAACUUCUAACGGAGGAGGAACAAAAGCUGCUACAUCAGCGCCAAAGGCUGGCAGCCGUGAAACGUGAGCUUAGGAUGAAGGAACUUCAGCUACUGGAUGCAGCGAGACGGCGAUUCCUAAAGUAUCAGCAGGACCAGCGCAAGAUGGAGCUGAAGCGGCUGGACGAUGAGAUAGAAAGAAAGAUGUGUACCCGCGAACGAGAGAGCGCUGCAGUGGUCCAGGACAUAGAGGUGCGACACAUGGAGCUGGAAGCACAGAGACGUUUCUUUGAACAGAAACUGGCUAAAGAGCACGAGGUAGCGACUCAAGAAGUCAAGGGGGAGCUGGAUGCCAACCGCAGAAAAGCCGACCUUGAAGAGCAGAUGUUUUGGAGACUCAUGGAGACUGAAGCAGACCUCAAGGAUCACAGGUUACUGGAAGAAAGCAUGGCAAAGGCCGAUCGUCUGUGUUUGGAAACCGAUUGGAAAAUCGAAGCCCUGAAUAAGCAUAAACUUGACGAUGCGGCCCGAGGAAGACGUUAUGAAGAAGUGGCCAAGUUAGCGGAAGGCGUCAAGGAAAAAGAGAAGGAGCUGCUUGAUGUAAUUCAAGACAUGGAGACAAGAAAGUGGGCAGACGUUGCAAAUAAAAGAGCGGAACUGGAAAGCGAGCAGCUGGCGACAUCUGUGUUGGACGCCCAGAGAAAAUGUUUAUUACAGAGCGGGAUGGUGCAGGAGGUGCGGCCCGAGGAUGUUUUACUCGAUGACGGAAGCGAGUAUUUCGAAAGUGUCAGCGAUCUGAAAGUUGACUCCUCGGACAGAAAUCAAGGGCAACGUGUCCCAAAACCGGCAAAUGUCUGCUUAAAUGAUGUCUCUUCCACCAGCUCCUCUGCUCAUUUCUCCUUAGAUCGGGGCCGCACUGACCUGGAAUGCCAAGAACGUGUCCUAAUGAGCGAAGUACGAGAUCUGAGGCAAAAACUGGCUUCUCAGGCUCGGAAAAAAUAUCACACACCGCAUUUCUUUGAUACAAACUGGACAUAAAGACAUAAAUUACAUUCCUAUACUAGUUCCAUAAGUGAUUUUAUUCUAUUUAUUACGGUUAUUUUCUGCGUGAUUGCUGAGUUUUGUACAGUUGGUUCAAAAAGCUUGAAUCUAUUAAAAUAAGUUAUAAACGUC